CCGUCGAGGGAGCACUGAUUGCGAGCAGAAGAGCGAGGUUCGUCAGUCGCUAUUCAUACUCGGUUGUGACUGGGUGAACGUUGUGUAAAGUAAACCGUGUUGCGUGUGUUCGUAUCCAUUUCAUCCCGUUCACCUCGAUGCCUUUGUGUAUUGUGGUUGUGUCGUCUCUCGUGCGAUAGAGCAAGAGGAUAUACGAAUUGUGCACGAGCUGCGGAACACCGCCGCGUUGGAAGCCAAAUGGCUUCGUUUAUGUGCGCUUUCGUCACCGUCUCGCAACGGAUAUAAAAAAGGAAGACGUAUAAUAUAAAUAGUGUGUGUCAAGAGAUUCGAUCCGCCGUGGAUUCUCGUGAGUGUUAACCAAGAGGAUCAACUCGCGGACAAAAAAAAAAAACGGGGGCGAAGAGUUUUGAAAAUGUUGACUUCCAGUGCGAAUCAGUACCUCCGUCCGGAAUACCUCACGCCUCUGCCGACCACGUUGGACGCGAAGAAAAGUCCAUUGGCCCUCCUCGCGCAAACGUGCAGCCAAAUAGGUGCCGACUCGCCGUCCAAUAAAUCUCUGUUAGGCUCGUUGGACAAAAGUUCGAGCAACAAAUCGUCCAAGUCGGCGGAACAGUCGCGGGAAAAAUCGUCGCCGACGGUGACAACGUCGACCACGACCGCCGGGGAGUCGAACAGGACCAACUUCAAGCCGUACGAAUCGUGUCUAGGACGUGAAAAAGCGUCGACACCGGACGAGCAACGAUCGGCCUCUAGUCACUCCGCGUGCGGCCGAUCGAGGACACCCGGUAGCGGUAAUAAACGAUGCCCGAGUAAUCAGAGCAGCUCGUCGGUUCGGGCGGUGACGCCGCAGGGUCGGAAGACCGCGACGCCUAACGGCGACGUCGCCCGGGAGUCGCCCGCUUCGAGGGUAUCGACGGCGAAUCUUUCAUCGAGUCAGCUCGAGUCGUCUCAACCGGCCGUCGUCAGCAGUCCUUCGUUAGCAGCGAAGCCCUCCUACAGCCCAGCCGGUGUUUUAGCGAUGACGGAUCCGUCCAUCAAGGAUCUCCCGUUGGGAACUUUCAAGCCGGGUGUCAGUUUAGCCUCGACCAGCUCCGGCUAUUUGGGCUACAGCCCGCAGUUACCCAUCGACGUAAUGGCCAGUUCCCUAAUGUCUCAGCAGCAAGCAGCGUUGAAGAACGGUCUGGUUUCUGGUAAUCCGUAUCUCAGUUACGCCAGGCUGAAAAGUUCCUCCGGUGCCGAUACUCUGAUGGCCGUCUGCAGAGACCCGUACUGCACCGGCUGCCAAUUGAACUCUCACCUCUUCGCCAGUUCCGCGGUCAAUGGAAAAUUAGCUAGCAAUGGGACGAGUCCUUGUCCCGCCGGAUGCGCCCAGUGCGAUCACAAGCCCGGCACGCAGGGUUACGGCGCGCUGGGGGUUGCCGCAUACGCUCACGCACAACUCGCGGCUCUGGCGGCGGCCUCCCAGCUCCCCUACGUCUGCAACUGGAUCGCGAGCGACACCGCGUACUGCGGCAAAAGGUUCUCCUCCUCGGACGAACUGCUGCAGCAUCUUAGAAGCCAUACCAGUAGCACUGGACCCACGGACCCGUCAUCCGCCGCGUUGUCGUUACUCUCGCCUCCUGUCGGUCUGCCACCGACGCAUCCUUUGUUCGCCAGGACUUAUCCCACGCCGCCUUUAAGCCCGCUAGCGACCGCCCGUUAUCACCCUUACGGGAAACCUUCCCCCUUGUUGCAGCCGUCUUUAUCGUCGUUGGGUUUACCGCUGCCACCUCCGCAUCCACACGCGCCCGCCGGAUUACCACCGUAUUUCUCACCGUAUUCGCUCUACGGCGCACCUCGCCUUGGCGCCGCGUCCGGUCUGCCGCAAUGAGUUUCUAAUUACGAACCGAAUUGACUCUAACACGCGAUGAGAAUAUAUCAACUGUUUAACUGUGAUCCUUGCGAGUGCAACGCGGGCGUUUCGUACGAGAAGUUUAAAUACAAUUGUGCGAGCUACCUUGAUUUCACCGUUUCUUUAAUGUGUUAAGGUCCAGGAAACGAGGUAAGGCAAUUUUUAUAUGUGUGUAACAAGAUUCUUCAUACAUACGAUGCCAGGAUUUAAAGGAAACAAUCUUUACCCUUUAGUUUUAAACGAAGUUUCUAAAUAGAAACGAAUGUUAUGAACGUAAUAUAAAUAUAAUUCAGCAAUUGUAAUGGAUUUUAUCAACGCAGCAAAAAUUGCAAACAUGAGUGCUGAGUCUUAACGGGUCAACUAAUUCAUUUUACUGUUCUGAUUUUUACGUUAAAUUUUCCUUCAUCAGCUUUGUGUUUUCAGUGUCCUACGCAUCUUCCUAUCUCUUACUGUUUUUGUUGUUAAAUAUCCGUUACCAUGUAAUUUAUUUAAAUUUAAACGGGUCAACGUAUGAUCGGAAAAUAUACUGUAAUAUAAAUGGUUACUUUUAUGAGGAGUUCGUGUCAUCGUUGAGAGGGAAAAAGACGGCGAUUGAUCUUUGCACGACGCGUCAGGUCUUCGUUAGGAAGCAUUGUAAAAUGAGCUACGAUUAUUAUAGUGUACCAAUCGUUUAACUGUGAUUUUUGUGCGAAAAUAAGGAGGAGAACGUGUGGUGAACGGGAGCAAAUCUGAAAAUAAUUGAGGUGUGCCUGAAAUAACCAGUUAUAAAUGUUCGCUACACAAUUAUUAAUGAACUUACGACGCGCGAUUAACGGGCUACUGUACGUGUCCACUAAAAAUGUAAAAUUUCGUACUAAGAAUUAGUAUAAAAUAAUUACAAUUUCCAUUGAUUCACCUUAUAUAAAAGAAUAAGUCUUUUUAUUAUGUCUACAUCGAAUUUAAAUUUGUUAUUCAACCUGUUUUUAAUCUCCGUAUUCGCAAUCGACAAGUUUUUCAUUUCCAGCGUGGGAACCACGUAAAUUGCGAUGGAAAAAUCAUUUCCGAAUCUGUACAUAUACGCGCGCGUACGCCAAAUCAAUAAAUACGUAUUUACUGUUUACCUCCGUACCGGCCCGUUCGCUGCGGUCCGACGUGUCGCUUAAUUUUGAAAAAGCGGAAAACAAACGAGUGCCACGCGUUACGUCGAAAAACCAAUGUUCAACUGUGAUUUCCGAGUGAGAAAAGUAUCAUGUGUGCGAGUAUACCCUACAGUACAGUGGAUCGUAUGAACUUACGAUGAUCGGCUGGAAAAUUAUCGAUGUAGGUAUAUGAGAAGAAUAAGAAUGUGGAUUAAAUAAUAAAGAAUGCGGAUUAUUUAUUGGCGUAUAUAAUAUUUUUAAUCAAUAGAAUUGGUCGUUCUUUAAAUAGAUCUUCAACUCUGAUUUCAACAGUCAUCCGAGUCUCAAUUAAUUGUGAAUAGAGUGACUUCGAAAUGAUCAUAGAAAUUUGAUUGCCCGCUGUAUUAAUACUCUGCGUUUCCGCCACAGAGAAUUAAUGCGUGUGCGUGAUUCUAGAAUUUAUUGAUGAUAUACGCGAUCGCGGAUACAUAUUUUAGUUACUUGGACCGACCGAUUAUUAUUCAUUCAAUUUCAAUAUAUAUAUAUAUUGUACUACGUUUCACGUUUGUUCCCGAAAAAAUAGGAAUGCAUAAUUCGAAAAAAAUUCAAUGAUAAAAUAAUCGUCUGAUCGCGACGUUCCUACUGUACAAUAUCCUCCGUUAAUGCAAACGUAACUUAAACGAGUCUGUGUGUAGUGUUCAUGAAUUAAAUAUUCAAGUCUCUAAUCUUCACUGUAACUACUGUACAUUUGUUCAUAGCGCGGUGUGUAGAUGACAAAUCUAAAUAGACGAGAAGGACUAACAAUAACAAUCUCCAUGAAUAGUAAUUAGACUGCGAAUGUUUAUGCAAAAACUGGCUCACCAAAAAAUUAUAUAUAUUUUCUUAUUUUUUAUAUCAUGUAUGUUUUACGAUACGAUACAUAGAGAAGUGCAUAUAAUUUUCUGCGAAUGAAUUCCUAAUUAUAGUAAUAUGCAUCGCAAUAUCACAGCGUUUCCAGUAUUCUCAUAAACUACCUCACAUACUGUUUAUUAAUUUGUACCUUUUCUUGGCAUACUUAACACAUUGCAUUAUAGCGAAUACACGUUUGAAUAUUUUCCAACAUUAUAAAUAUUAUCCAUAAACAUCCGUGGUCUAGUGACAAUAGACGCGUGCAGAUUUAACAAAUCGAUCAUCUAACUGGCGAAUGAUUGCGUCUAUAUUUUUGUGCAACCAAAGGUGUUUAGUAAUCGAUCGACAGUACGUAAUUUUUAGUACCGUUGCGGGUUCGCGUGUGACGUCGUUAUGUACCGAAGAGAAACAAACGUAUUGCGAGAUAUAUUUAGUUCUAAAUAGAUUUAUUUUCUUCUACACGAAAUAUAUUAUAUAUGUGUACAUGUGUACGUUUACAUAUAAGAUAAUUAUUAUCACUGUCAAUGUUACUACGUCACUAUUAUUAUUCUAAUAGACGGAGGCAUUUCGAAUGUCGAAGUUCAAUCGAAGACAAUUUUUACUAUUUGUCAAUCUAGGUUCCAGGAUGUGCAAAGUAAGUCGUGGUGACGAAUUUUUAUUAUUCAAACAUUUCGACUGACGUUGCACAUGUGGAAAUUCUAGCUUUAGGUGCGUAAUAAUUAACUUGUAUUGAAAGCGAAAUUCUGUACAAUUUUCUAUUAUUUCUUCUUGUGCCACGGAGGCCCUUGUCCAUUUGUUAAUUCUAUUACUGUUGUUCUACAUUACAUGACACUGUUUGAUACCCUAUUCGGAACGAAAUAUAUCAGAACUUAUUUCUUAACAGUA